AUGGCUGCGCCAUCAGGCUACAGCCCCAACGCCAGAGUCUUCAACGACGAGAUGCCGGACGCUCCGCACGCUGUGCACACGGAUGGGCUGCUAGGGCGCCGCCCAGACGCGGCCGGCCAAUGGCGUGGCCGGACCCGAGAGGGUAGCUUCGAGAGGGGUUGCGAGGCUUGCGAUGCUGAGACGGGACGCCCACGCCACAGCUACACGGUCCUGGAGCGGCGAAACGGCCUAGUUUCGAGGGCUGUUUCUCUCGUCAAUGCUGUCAUGUGA